CCGGACCAGCCUGCACAUUUGCAGAGUCACUCCAGAACAUCCAGAGCAUCACAAGAAAAGAUAUGGGAGGAGAAGAAUCCAAACCAGCCACACCCCCACCCACACCUCCACCUUCUCCUUGUUUAAGACAGCCAUGGAGGACUCUGCCGACGAGCACUGAGGACAAUCUCAACUUCAUGAAAUCUUACCAACCUCGAAACAAAGGAAUCAAACAUCUCAGGAUUCUGCUUCAUGGACCGGUCGGUGCCGGCAAGUCCAGUUUCAUAAACUCUGUUGAAAGUGCUUUGAGAGGCGUUGUUACAAAUCGAGCUUUGACGGAUGCGACCUCUGGGAGCAGCUUCACCCUAAAGUACCAAACAUACAAAAUUCAAAAAGAUGAGCAGAGCUUCUAUUCUAUUGUUUUCAACGACAUCAUGGGCUUGGAGGCAAACCUCAACAAUGGAGUCCAGGUGGAAGAUGUCAAACUGGCCCUGCGGGGACAUGUGAAAGAUGGUUACAAGUUUCGUACUAAUGGCCCACUGACAGAGAAUGACCCGGGCUAUGAAUCCAACCCCUCUCUGGAUGACAAAGUCCACGUGCUGGUCUGUGUGGUUCCUGUCAGCUCAGUCUCUCUGUUAGAUCACAAAGUCGUGCAGAAGUUAAAAGAAGUCAGACUAGCUGCAAGUGAUCUGGGAAUUCCCCAACUGGCCAUCCUCACCAAAGUUGAUACAGCCUGUCCUGAGGUCAGAUCAAAUAUUCACAACUUGCACAAGAGCAAGUACCUGAAGGAAAAGGUGGAACAAUUCAGUGCAAUGCUGGGAAUUCCCAUCAACUGCAUCUUCCUGGUGAAGAACUACGAGUCAGAAAUCAACACGAGUGACGACAUCAACGGGCCGAUUCUGACCGCACUGAGACAGAUGGUAAACUUCGGAGAAGACUACCUCAACUACAUGUAGACCGUCUCACUGCUGAGGCAGACGAUGCGUGAUGAAGGAACAUCAACACAAACCCGUAACUGUAACCUGCUGUGUGAUUUUCAGUUAUUUGUCAUUUUGUUAUUGUAUGAUGGAUAUAUCAUGUGAUGUAAGGCGUGAUUGAUUCAUUGAUGGUUAAGACAAGAGGAAACAAAGAAUGGAUUUCCUGACCGUUCCUAGUUGAGUUUGACAUUUUGUAUUUAUUAAUGAUGACUGUGUAAGAGGUACAAAAUCAAAAGAGGGACACAAUAUUUAUAUUGUGUAUUAAAUUGUAUAUUUGUGUGACACACCGAAAUGUGUUGUCACAUUUUGUUAUUGUAUUUGGUUAUUUUGUAUGAAUAUUAUACAAACGUAUCUGUGUUUUGGUUAAAGAAGUUAUUUUGAAGCUGUUCCUGUAUAUGCCACAAGGGGGCAGCACCUCCCCUGCUGAGCGAGCUGUUUAUUGUCUUUGCUGCGCUCUGCUUCAGUCUGGCAGAAGCGAGAGAAGAGUGAACAACUACAGUCGACUCAGUGUGUUUUCUUUGUCUUUUACAGGUUAGUAAUUGAAGUUUAAAACACAGAACUUUCACAAUAUGAUGCAGAUUUAAUCCCACUUAAAGUUCUAUUGGUUUUGGCUUUGUGGGUCUUAUGUUUGUAAAGAGAGUAAAAACGGUUUUGAGUGCUAGCAUGCUAAGAAAAGUGCCUCGUGCAUGACCGUAACUUUCAGUUUCAAUUCCCUUCUGAUUUUCAUUUGGUUAAAAACGCUCACGAUACUGUGUAAAAUAAAUAAAUAGGUCAUUUAUUCUGUUUAUGUACAAAAGUAAGAUUGUUGUAUCAGUUAAAUGUUAUUUGCUUAUCUGGUAGCUCUGUCAGUUAAUAUGGGUUUUUCCCAUUGAAAAU